UUGAGCAAAUGGGACUAGCUGGCAACUCUGUUAGUCGGUCGUUAUGGUGUUUUCAUAUAAAUCAGAUUUAGUUCUCAAAGUAAAUACAAUAUUAAUUGUGCUCGCAAUAUCCUCUAAAGUUACUGGAUAUAAAAACACUUCACUCACAAUGGAACCAAUAUACUGGUGCAAAUUUGAGGUAUUUGGAAAAGUGCAAGGCGUCUUCUUUCGCAAGUACACGGAGAAGCAGGCCAACAUACUGGGAGUGCGCGGUUGGUGCAAGAAUACGAAAGAUGGCACUGUGAAGGGUGAAUUGGAGGGACCGUUGGGACCGCUAAACGAAAUGAAACACUGGCUGCAGACCGAAGGUAGUCCCUGCUCAAAGAUUGAAAAGGUCAUAUUUUCACAAACCAUAGAAAGUGACAGCUACCGCUUCAAUGGGUUCGUUAUAAGAGAUUAGACGGGUCCAUGUGGAAAUUGUUGCAACGUCCAAAUUUAGAAGCCCGAUAACCACAACGCAGCCCAAAUGAUUCGCGUCAUUUGUUCUAUGAAUUAGUAGCUUACAAAUUACCUAAUGUUGGAAAAAAUUUAAAGCUUCCUAGGUUUACUAAAAUAACUUAUAGUUCCUCACGUCCAGUCUACAUACA